AUGGCAGAGAAGUUACCGGGUUUUACGAAUCGAAUAGGCCUACCGUCGACAUCAACAGGAAGACUGCCCCCGCUUGUUUUGCCUCCAAUUUCUCUCCCACCACAAAAGUAUUGUCACGAUCACUAAUAAAAUUUACUUUUUUUUUUGCAGGUCUAGUGAUCCUUAUAUUUCGCUCGGCUCUGCUUUAUCACCAUACUCGUCGUCGCUGGUGGCUAAUCCUCAAGUUUGAAAAUUUGAAAAUUUUGUUCUCAAAUGCGAUUCUUCUCAGAUGCCUUCUUCUUCUGUGAUGCCGAGCAUGCCGCAGAACAAUGGUUUUCCAAGUUUGUUAUAUUUAUAGGAAAACUCUACGAUCAACUUCAGAAUCACCUUACCAACAGCUCAGUUUUUCUCAACCAACCGUCUUUUCUGCUUCUCUCAACCCCAAGCCAACGACAUCUUCUCAGCUAAGCCCAGGUUUUGAUGAUUCCACUUUUUUUUGUCUUGUCAGGGUUUCACUUGCUUGUAUGGAGAAAGUGUGUUAUUUUCUGAUUUUUGGAUUGAAUUCUUCCACUUAUUCUGUGUUUUAGGAGAGCGAAACCCACCUGGUUGUUCGGAUAGUCCUUCUAGCGAUUUUUUGUCCCAACGAAGGCAACCCGACAGACACAGUCCGCAAAAAAGAACAUCGGACCGUCUACCAAAACGUCCAAAUAGGACGAAUAUUGGUAAUUUGUGCGAAAUAGUCUUUUUUGGCAAUAUCAGAGCUUAUUAAAAAAUUUUUUUCAGAUGAACCUUCUACGAGUUCGUCUUUUGAUUCUCCGUCGACCUCAGUCCAGGUAACUUGAAUUUUUUAAAACCUCUAAUCACAUUUUCUAAAUUUCUUGUUUCGUUAAAUCAGUGGGGACUAUAUUGUGUUGUUUCUGCAGAGUCAGACUCAGGAGGGACCAUUACCUCUCGACCUUUCUUCUACUCCGGAUGAAGCUCCCUCGACAUCUGGAGAAGCUCGAUCCGAGGAUCGACAGAUAAGAGAUUCUGCAGCAGAAAACAUUGUCAAUGGACUUUCAAAAAUGGUUUCGUCGAUUUGCAAACUUUGAAAAGUGACCAUUUCAGCAAGAAAUUCAAAAAAUUUCUCAAGGAGUCAGUUCUUUCAAAGCGGCAUACACAAAAAGAAAUUUCCCGAAGGCGAAUUCUCGGUUGGAACGUUUGAUCGCGACGAAUCGAUGGCCGAAUUCGAGUGGUUCUUUCAAUUUUUCAGAGUUAUGAACCGAAAAGGAGUUUUUAGAAGUUCGAAGUACUCAGAAUGCAGUUCCAACAGUGAGUUCCUCAGAGCCGAGCCAAAUCUCACAAUCUUCGUCCAUUUCAGAGGAAGGUUCGAUUUUUUAAAACCUAAUCUAUUAUCAAAUUCUCAUUCUAUAUUUUUAGAAAAAAAGUUCACAAAGUUUUUGGAAAUCGAGUUUUUUUGGGAAAGUAAAUAUAAAACCGUUCAAUUUUUUUGAAAGAAAAAUUAUUUAUUUUUUUCUCAUUCUAAUUAUUUUUUUAUUUUUCCCUUAAAUAUCACUUCUUCCAUUUUUGAUUGAUCUGAAUAUUUCAGAAGCGAAGAAGGACGCAGACGUUUUUGUGAACCCGACCGUCUCAACGACAACCAUCGAAAGCUCUUCAUCCAAUGUAACCUCAAUCUGAACCGUUGAAUGUUUAUAAAUGUUUACAGGGGUUUUCCAUAGGUCCCAUCUCUCAAAAUCGAACGGAAGAUUCACAAAAAAGUCCUGUUUCUGCGGAGGCUGAAACUUCGACGCCGAAAGCCGAGGAACAGCCAUUGGAACCGUCGGAGAAGCCACUGGAACCGUCGGAACAGCCAUUGGAACCUUCGGAACAGCCAUUGGAACCUUCGGAACAGCCAUUGGAACCUUCGGAACAGCCGCCACCGCAAAAAGAAGAUUCUUCGCCUGCUCCCUGUUCCAUCGGAGCGGAAUCCGUCGCAAGCACGUCCAAAGAAGAAGUCGAAAAACCUCCGUCGGAGUUAACGAUAGACACGGAGACGAAAGUCGAAGCGAAGGAAAAGUCAACGCCGCACACGGAGCCCUUGCAGCUUGAAAUCGCUGAGGCUCCACCCGUCGUUUCGCGGCCGCCCCAAGCAACGUCGAGUAUUCCAACGGAACCUAGACAAGCAGUUGUCGUUUCCAAGGCGCCACAAUCUUCGAAGAACCCGAUUUUGCAAGGUUCACUAGUGGUAAGGUCGGUAUAGAGCCAGUAGCAACCCUUAUGUUUUCGCAGAGGAGACCAACUUUCCCACAUCAAGCACGGCCGUUCUUCGCAAUGCCAAGAACCACCGCGCCGUUUCUGCACGCGGCACUCGCCCGAGCUUCUCAUGUGAGCGACCAAUAUCUUCCAAAUUGAGAGCUUCUGACUAGUUUCAGCAAGGACUUCUCAAGCCGAUGACAGGAGGUCUGCUCAUGCCUGCCUCUCCUUACCACAGAAUCGGCAUGGUUCCGAGGCGACCUCUGGGGUUUGCCGGAGCUUCUCAUGCCCAAAUGCAAGCGGUGAUCAAACAAAUUCCAUCAGUUAACGGCUAAUUCUCGCAUUUGCAGCUCCUUCAAAGGCAACUCCAGUUUUCGAGAGCUUCGGCCGCUAUUUCAGUCCAACAGCGAUUUCUGGCAUCUCAGAAACUGGCACGCGAGAAGGCGUUGGCUGCUAGCUCAGCGUUGAAAGCCGUGAGUGUUUAUUUUUUUGGGUUUUGCGCAAAAUGAUCGAAUCUCAAUUUGUGUUGUCAAUGGUACAAUGAACUGUUUAUCGAAGUUUUCGAUUUACUGGAGUCGGAACUAGUGACAAUAAUGGUAUGAAAAAAACACCAGCGAAAAUUAAAACGGCGACUUUUCCGAUUUAUUCGUAUCGCGAGGGAACUUUCCGCCGAAUCCCUUUCCGACUUUUUUCCCUUACAUUUUUUGGUUUAUAAAACAUCUAUCAACAUUUUUUUUCCUAUUUCUUCGUGUUUUAAUCAUGAAUAACUUGCCUGCUUAUAUAGGAAGAUUUAAAACGAAGAGUUUAUCGAGAAAAAAAAUUUGGGGGAAAGGUGGCCGUCGGAAAGUUCCCUAGCGAUAUGAAAAAAUCGGAAAAGUCGCCGUUUGAAUUUUCGCUGGUCUUUUUUUCGUAGCACCGUGACAAUAGAUUUGUGCAUAAAUGAGCUGAAAUUCGCUAGUAGAAAACCAGAAUGUAAAGUUCGUAAUAUUGUUUAUGAUUCGUGUUUCUCAGAGGCUGAUAGCAGAGAUUUCCGCCCUUUUCAAUGUUACCUUUUUUCUGGGUUUUUUUUUUCGUUCAGUCGUAAUUGAGGUGCUGUAGAGAUCUUCUCCGCAAUUAUUCAUCAAAAUUCAAAUGAAUUUCUUUUGGACCUCUCAUGUGUUUUUCGUCUUUGGUAUUACUCACAACAACUCUCCUCGCCAUCAUGCUCCAUGCCCGCUUAUUAUUGACUUUGGAGGCCUCCGAAGCGAACGGAACGAAGCCCUCGACUUCGAGCGCGCUCUCAUCUCAUGCGCUCCUUGCCCGACACGGCUUUUCCAACGCGGCCAUCGCUGCUGUUCUCAAAACCGACCGUCGGAAUUCCUCCGUCAAAGAACAGUAUCGAAUAUACAAGAGCAAGUUCAAGAACCUCGUCUACGUGAGCAUUUUAUCUCUUAUUCAGCCAUCAGGAUCUUCUUUUAAGGAGAACGAAUGCUACCAGAACCAACUUCGCAAUCUCCAACGCAAACUUCUGAAGCUCUCUCGCGACAAGAACUUCCUGAUGGACCGUCUAGCGCAGUUCGAAAACUGCUCCGACAGUUCGGAGGAGGAAGUUCUUUCCGACGGCAGCGUGAAGACCGACGACGGACGCCCUGCCGCCAAGAGGUUUGAAUUAUUUGUUGGAAGUUUCUCAUCUUUGUAUUUCCAGAUUAUAUUCACCAAAAAUAAAAAAAUUUAGGACAGAAUAUAUCCAAAAUAUCCAUUUAGUAGAAAAUCUCAUUUCUCUGCAAAUUUUAUUUUUAAAUUGGAGGGUUCUCAUUAGAAAAUGUUUUUUCAAUAUUUCUCAUGAACUGUCGGAAAUUACAUUUCAUGUUUGAAGACGUCGGGCGAAAAGGACAUCUCCUUCCAUGCAAAAACACGGAGAGUCUUUGUCGCCAUCACCUUCUCCUAUACCUGAAGGUUAUCUUCUACCUUCUUUUGGUUAUUUUUUUAUUUCAAACCUGACUUUUGUUUUUGCAGUUUAUUUUUGUUCCUUGUUUUAACCUUCAUAUUGAAUCCAGAAUCAUCUGGAGCGUCGCCUUCGGAGAACGAACCCGGACCUUCUGGGGCCAAUGAUUCGACCAACCAAGACGAUGGAAAUGUUUCCAGCACGCAGUCUUCUCCCGCAUUCAAAGAAACGGAGGUUUUCUUUUCAUCUUUCUUUUUUGUUCACUCGUUCAAGUAGAUGUUUUCUGUCAUUUUUUCAAUUGAUCCUCUCUAACUUCGGAAAAUACCUAGGUUCUCAUUAUUUCUUUCAUUACAUCAAGCUACUCUUUUCGAAACCUGUCUUCUUAGUAACUUCAAUGAUUCUUUUUAAAUUUUUUUUACAAAGCGAAUUUCUGUUUUUAUGUAAUUUUUACUUGUAAAAGUAUAUUUUUCAUUAUAUUCAGGAGGAGCCUGCUGGGGCUCAGAAAAUCCCAUCUCGGGAUGAACCUGUAGGUCAGCCCGAUAAUGUCAUCGACGCAAAGAAAAGAGUGAGAUUAGUUACAAAAAGAAAAUACAGUUUUCGUUCUUUCAGACAGCGCCAAGCAAACCCCGUAAAAGGGAUCGAACGAAGGUAAUCCUCUUUUUCUUGAGAAUUCGAAAAUAUUCGGGUUCAGAAGGCAAAAUUCGUUGUGAAGGAGGACCCAAAUCUGUGCGGCACGGAUCCUGAAACUCUUCUGCAGCAAAUAAAACUUGCCCAUAAACUGAAAGGUGAACUUUGAAAAAAAAUUUUUUCAGUUAUAAGAACUUUCAUAGGAUUGUGUUGUGUGCUCAGAGUUCAUUUUGAGUAAUCGAAGAUUGCAGAGGAAAUGGCAAAGGCGAUACAGACAGGAAAGCAGAUGAAUGGUGCUCACAAAAAGGCCGUUGCGAACCGACCUUCCGGGAAAGCAUCAGUUAAAGCAGCUCCUCCAGCUCAGCCAGCUCCAUCUCCGAAACCUGAAUCAGCAGAAGCAACCGUCCCACCAGCUUCUGCUCCACACCCCGCGGAAAUUUCAAAAGCGGAUGUUGUUCUGGAUUCUCUGCUGAAAAAUUCCGAACAACCUGGUUCUGAUUCUCUGGAAUCGGCUCCUUCGGAUCGGCUGGUGUCUACUCCAGUAGUUCUAGCUCUAUCAUCUCAGCCAGCUCCUGCUUCUACUUCUCUUGAAGCUUCUGGAGCGUCGAUAACAGACGACUCAACCGAGAACUCUUCAAAGCAAUACGGUAGGUUGAAAUGUGAGGUUGUGUUUAUGAACUUGUUUUCACAGACCUCACAGAGAAGUUAUUUAAUUUUGCACUUUGGAGGUUUUUUUUUGAGAGUUCAAGAGUGUAAAUUAGAAAAAAUGUCUUGUAAAACUGGUUUGAAAAAAGCUUUUUUUUUUUACAAGUAUACCUUCUACUUAACAAUGUCAGCGUACAAGCUUUUUUACCUCGUUAAAUUUUGGAGCUUUCGAUUUUCAAACCCAUUCACAGCAUCGUUUUGAAGGACAGCAAAUAUUAACGCAUAUGUAUCUGAUUCAAGGAUUGAAGGUUUUCGUUUUCAGAGGUACAAAAUGUUGAAGAAAAUCUGAAAGCAACGGGCCUGGGUAACGAAAACGGGUGAAGAAUUGUUUCAAAACGAGUUUUUUUUUAUUCUUUUAGAAAAUGCUGAAACUUUUCUUCUAGGUUCACGAAAAAGUGUCCGUUUUUCAACUUUAACUUUUUAUUCUAUGUUCAUUCUUAUUAGGUUAACUAUUAUCUCAAGUCUUCCGGUGUCUAUGUGAAAGAUGUAUAUUUAAACUGCGUGUACGUUAACGAUCUCUGUUCCAAUGCAAGAUGGUCUUGAUAAUCAAUAACUGCUUUUUAACAUGUGUUAUGUUUCUGUUUCUUAUUCUUCUGAGUGUUCAUCUACCUUCUCAACAUCCGGUUCUUCAUUUCAAGUUCUCAGUCAUGUGUCAAUUUGAUCGUUCGAAUGAAAAAGACAGUUUCUUUUCAACUUUUUUUUUUUGAGAACCAAAGCUAACGGUUUGAACCGAUGAAUAUUUUGAUAGCAAAAUUGAUCACUCAAAAACAAAAAUCGAACAGAAGCCUCGAUGAACUCGAAGCCGAUCGUCAAAAUACCUGAGAUGUUUCUCAAGGCCGCAAACGCAAAAAGGUUGCGGCUUCGUUUGAAGAUAAAUCUGACUAUAUUUUUCAGAUCUAACACGGAAAGUUCAGAGUUUGUGGGAUCGAAACGGACGAAAUCGGACUCCGUCGUCGCAAAAGUCGACGAGAAAGAGAAUCGGACUUCUCUUGAAACGGCCAAGGUUAAAUUGAUUCACUAAUUUAAACUGUUCUUUUUUUCCAGGUGGACACAGUUGCAUCAGAAGUCAAAGUUUUCUCCAUUUCUGAAUCACUUCGGUCAAAACCGUGGUUCGACGCGCUCCAGACAGAGCUUUCCAGGCCGUAUAUCCGCAAAAUCGAAACUUUCCUCUCCAGCAAAUACGCUGCUGUACGUUCUUCUCUGCAUUCUUUCUGAAUAUUUUGUUUUGAACCUUCAACAGAGAUUCAUGAACGCGUUAAGGGCCAGACGAUAUUUCCUCCGCGCGAAGAAAUUUUUACCGCCUUUGACACAGAUCUCAAUGAUAUUCGGGUGGUUCUGAUUGGCCAAGACCCUUACCACAACGAUGGACAGGUACCUUCGUAAAUCGGUUCUGAUUUGAAAUCACAACCUUUCACGAAUUUAUAAAUAGACGCAGUUUGCCUAAAGAUUCCUGACAAGGGAGGUCAUUUUACUUUGCGGUUGGGACUUCCAUGGAAAUUGGCCAGAACGCUUUUUGAUGUACCAGAAGAGGUUCUGACAAUCUCAACUUGCGAAACUUCUUCCAUUUUAAGAUAAAACGCUUCAAAGUCAAAGAAAAAGCUCAAAAUCAAUGAAAAUGGGCUAUUUUUAGCUUUGAGACCUUAUUUCUCGAAAACUAGGAAGUUGUGCAGGUUGAGACUUUCAGGAUCUACAUCUGGUACAUCAAAAACUUUGUCUGGCCAAUUUUCAGGAAACUCUUAACCGCAAAGUAAAAUGGCCUCCCCUGUGAAUCAAAUAUUCUUCUUACAAAUGUCAAAAGCGUUCCUCGUCUUUUACAAUACUUUUCAACUUGAAAACUAUCGUUUACCUAUUGCUUGAAGGCUCAUGGUCUGGCGUUUUCUGUUAAACAUGGGGUUCGUCCUCCACCAUCUCUCGUCAAUAUUUACAAAGUUCGAUUCAUUUCUUCAUUUUUUUUUAUCGAUUUGAAAAGUUCAGGAACUUGAAGUCGAUAUCCCCGGGUUCAAAAGGCCGAGCCACGGCUGUUUGAACGGCUGGGCGGAACAAGGCGUUUUUCUUCUCAACGCAACUCUUACUGUCAAGUUUGUUUUUUUUUUUCUGCAACUGCGUCUUGUCAACCAAAGCACUUUGCCACGAUGCUUUUUUUCGCCUAAAAAAGCUCAUUUUAUUUUUUUGAUUGGGAAUAGCCCAAAAAUUGCCGAGAUAACUGAUUGUUGUACCAGAAAAAAUUUCUCAGUUUUCGAGAAAUAAGGGCUCAUACCCCCUCCCCCUUCAAAAAAUAUCUUAUUUUACCAGAUUUUAAAGGUUUUCCUUGACUUUCAGAUGUUCUUAUUCAAGGACUAGGAUUUUUUCGUAAAUUGAGACUUUCAGGAUUUUUUUUUCUUGUACGUCAAUGAGUGUCAAGGCUAUUUUUCAGGGUAUUCCAACCAGAAAGCAAAAAUGCCUUCCUUUGCAGCAUUAGUUUCAAAAAAAGUUUUUUAUAGAGCCCACGAAGCAAAUUCACAUGCCAACAUCGGAUGGCAACAAUUCACGGAUGCAGUUAUUUCUUUAAUUUCAAAAACGGCCGAGAAACCUGUCGUUUUUCUUCUUUGGGGCGGGUUUGCUCAUAAGAAAGAAGCUCUCAUCAACAAGGCCAAACACGUCGUCAUCAAGGUUUUUUUCUCUUUUUUUAUUAUUAAUUAUUGAAUUAACAUCAUGUUUACUCGGAAAAAAAUCAGCAACUCGUUCAUUCUGGGAAAAAAAGCUGUUCAUUUUAUUAUUUUUUUCGUUUUUAAGUUUUAGUUUAUGAAGUAAGAAGCGUAUUUUGUUCGGUGAUUUUGAAUACCAGAAAAAUGUAAGAGUCUAUUUUUUUGUUUUUGUGUUAAAUAGUAAGAAUAUCGUUGGAGUAAAGGAGGUGCAUAGUUUCCAAAAAAAUUAAUUUUUAUGAAGCAGCCAAUCUGAUCUCUUUCGCUGAAAGGAAUGGGAAUUUGUCAUUCAACAUUUCAUCUUGUUGAUGACCGCAAGAAAUUCUUACAAAAGAGUCAUGCAGACAAAAUAAUAUUUUUUUCUGAUAGCUAAUAUUAUCAAACAGCUUUCCCCAUCCAAUCUGGACAAAAAAAUGAUUUCGGCAGGCGAGAAGAAAAGUGGGAGGAGUCUAUGUUUCGGGAGGGGGGGCUUCGAAACAAAAUUGUUAUAUACUUCAUAAUUGCUACCAUUUUGCAUAUAGCUGAUUCGACUGGCUUGAGCCAUUGAAAAAAAGGGUUUUAACGCGAAAAAAAAACAAGUGGCUAGUUCUUUGAGAGCGCAUACAGGCCACGCCCCUCCAUUUACCGAGCUAUCGUGAACCUGCCAUAUGAACAACCAAAAUGAAAAAACAGACAGGGGAAGAAAAUGAAUUAAAAUCUAAUGUAGAUAAAUUUUCUUGCUGAAAACACUAUCCAUAGUGCGUAGUUAUGAUAGACGUCUCUGCUCAAGGAGUUCGAAAAUCUGGGCUGGUGAAUUCGAGCCGAUUCUCAUUAGAUGAACUGUCAUAAACCCGAAAUUUGAGAAAAAAAAGGAUCUUUUAAAGCUUUUUUUUGAUAUCACAUAAAAGUUUGUAACUAACUUCGAAGAGAACAAAUAUUAGAAUAGUUUCAGAAUGCAGGCUCUAUGUCAUUACGGUAUAACAUUUUUUGUAGACUGCGCAUCCGUCGCCACUGAGCGCAAGGAAAUGGUUUGGCUGUCGAUGUUUCUCCAAAGUGAACGAGAGUCUGCUGAAAAGUGGUCGGGAGCCUGUCGAUUGGGCCAAUCUCUGA